UGGCGGACGAAGGAAAAGGUUUGAAUGAUUUCCUUUCCAAAGUCGACCAGAUUGAAAAACUGGUAAAAGGUCUAAAUGCCGAAGAUGAUGAAGAGAGGAAAGCUGCCUUUCAAGAUUCAGAUGCAUUCUUAGCUGAACAUCUCCCACCAUCUGAAAGAUCAAAAACUGGCAAAGCAGCAUUUGAUAGGACAUUGAUAAACAAAAGUGCUGGAGAUGGAAUGUCUCCACAAGAUUCAGAGCAGCCUACUUGUCAAGAUGAGAUGAUGAAAGUUCUAGAGGCUGAUGCAGCUGAUCGCUACAACAGAAGGCAGGUUGCUAAAAAAGAAGCUGAUGAACUCAAAGAGAAAGGAAAUGUCGAAUUUAAAAAUGGAAACUAUGAAGGAGCAAUUGAGUGGUACACCAAGGGUCUAGAUGUACUAAAGGACACUAUUGCACUGUGGACUAACAGAGCCCAAGCAAAUAUCAAGCUUGGCAGAUAUAAAGAAGCAUUACAUGAUUGUGAGUGGGCAUUAAAGGUGGAUGAAAUGUGCUUGAAGGCCUAUGUACACCAAGGCAAGGCUAACUUGGGCCUUAAACAAUAUGACCAAGCCAUAGAAAGCUAUAAUAACAUAAAAAGAAUAGACAAGAAGAAGGAAAAUAUGGUCAAAGGUUACAUCAAUGAAGUAGAGCUUGCUAGGGCAUCAAUGCAGCAUGAAGAGGCAGCUAAAGCUUCAUUCCAGUCUGGAAACUUGGGUGCUAAGGGUGUAGUAGAACUCCUAGAGAAGCUGAUCAAGCCAGGAGAGAUGGCCAUUUAUUAUGCAGGAGGCUGUAGGCUACUGGGUAGUCUCCUAACAGAUACUGACAAUAGGACGUUAUUCAGAACACAUGGUGGACUGUCACUGACAGAGAGCCACCCUACCAUACAGAGAUGCUUCAAUGCUAGGGUUCAGAGUCUAUCUGGGGAGGGACUGGAUCUAUGUGCUGCUAUAGUUGAGCUGAUACAGGCUGCAUGCACUGAUAAUGAGGAGAACCAAAAGCAGAUUGUAGUUGUCCCAGGUAUAUCUGACUCAAUGGUGGCAUGGCUUGAGUGUACAGUUAAAGGCACGGUGGCUAUCAAGACGCACAUCACUCACUUCCUACAUACUAUCUCACAGACUGAUACAGGACGAGUGGCUAUCAUAAAGAACUUUGAUCUCUCAAGGUUAUUGGGAACCCUGUUUGGCCUGGUGAACCUGGGAGAUAAGGUAGCUCUGAGCGCAGUAGCCUUGCUCAAUAAUUUAGCUCUAGAGAAGGCAUUCAAGUCACAAAUACGAGGAAAUAUAGAAGAGGAUGUUUUACCAGCAUUUGAACAGCUCAUGAUUACUGGUACCAAUAUUUCACUGUUGCCAUGUGUAAUUUCCACGGUUACCAACCUAUGUGGUGAUGUCACAAUACGUAAGAAGGUUGGCCACAGAAGGGAAACCUGGAGUGCAUGCUGUAAUGUUCUUGCAAAGUACACACCUACUGUCAGUGCAGAAAAAGAUGAGGAAAUCAUAUACUCCAUAUUAGGACUUUUGAUUAACAUGACAACUGAAAAAUAUGAUGCGAUGCAAACAUUCACAAGACAUUUGUGUGAGAACUGUUGUAAACUGGUGCAGUGUGAUACAUCUAGAAUAUACGAGAGAUCUUAUGCAGUACUCAGUCACAUAUUACCUAGCAACAAAGAGGCAGUUACCAUGGCAAUGGAACACAAUAUCAUGACAAAGAUCUUAGAGCAUUUACAGAUGUAUUCCCCCGAAAGUGCAAUCGUAAAGCAUUGCGCCAGAUGUCUUCCCGCAUGUACCCAGCUCUCCCCUAAUGCAGUCAAUACUAUAGUGAACACAAAGAAAGGUCUAGGCACGGUGGUUGGUCUGUUAAAGCCCAAUGAUGAGGCAAUACAGGGUAAUGCAGCCCUUUGCCUCACACACUGUACCCAGACACCUGGAGUGGCCAGCAAGCUCACCAAGACAAGCAUUAUCAAGCAUCUCCUCAUACUAGCCAGGGAUGGACGGAGGCCUGAGCUGCAACAAAACUGUGCCAUAUUGCUUGCCAAACUAGCUCAGGCAGACACGAGGCAUUUGGAGACACUGAGAGAACUACAUGGUAUAGAGAUACUAGCAGACUGUAUGAAAUUCAUUAAAUAACCAAACUAAGAAAUGUUUCAAUGACACACAAGAUCCUCUGCUUAUCUCACCUGCUUCCCUUGUGAAAAGGGGAAGGGGUUCAGAGAAGGGACAGGAUGUCGUAACCAAAAAUUCUCCACCCUCUACUCUAGGCACAUGCUGUCCGUAAUAUCCAAUCCUGACAAAAUGCAUGGGACAUGUGAGAAUCCUGUCUACUUAUUGAAUCCAUGGGACAUACGAGUUGGUAUAGAACAUGUAGGAAAAGCUACAGGAUAGCAGUCUUAGGACUGUCACAGGGUUAUGAAAUGUUCCAGGCAAAAUACAAGAUGGAUAUAUUUGUAUGGAGACACAAUCAACAGGAAAAAGUUUGGCAUUUAACAAUAAUAAAUCUGGGUUGAGUUAAAACAAAAUGUAUAUGUCUGUAAAAAUAGAUAUAUCAGAAUUCAUAUUGCUAUGGUGUCCAACUUUUUUAUGAUGGUGUUUGGCAGGUGGUAGUCAGCGUUUGGAGACUGUAACAAAUGGCAGGUGAUGACAUUUUUGUUUUUCAUAUUGUAUUGCUCCACCCUCAUGCACUAUGCAUAUGCUAGUACAUGUUCCCAUCUUAUUGAAUUCCAAUAUGGAAAUACAGGAUUAUUUCAUCCUUGGUGUCAAGG